CGCUCUCGGCGAGGAAACUCUGGCCUCCGCUUCCUCCUCCUCCGACUCGGACACCGGCGGAGCCUCCCCGCCCCCGCGGAAGAAAGCCCGGGCCUCCCCGGCGGCGGCGGUGGAGGGAGCAGGAGAGCCCGGGGCUUCCGCGGGCAGAGCAGGCCUCACCUCGUCCCAGUCCCCCUCGGUGCCCGCCGGGCUCGCCCCCGCCGCCGCCCCGCUCAGAGGCAGUAGCAGCAGCGGCGGCAUCGCCAGCAGCGCCAUGCAGGCCAACGGGGCGGGAGGGGGCCAGCAGCAGCAGCAGCCGCCGCCGCAGGGCCCGGAGCUGGGCUGCCUGGGCGCCCAGAACGGCGAGGCCUCGGCGGGCACGGCCGCCGGCGAGCAGCUGGCCCACGCCAACGGGCUGCUGCCCUCGGCCAACAGCGGCGGCCCCGGCGGCGGCAGCCCCGGCGGGCUCGGCGUCAACAACGGGGUGCCCGCCGCCGGGGGGCCCGGCCCGGCCGCCGCCGAGCUGGGGGGCGGCGGUGGCGGCAGUGCCCUGAAGAAGAAGAAGCGGCUCUCGCAGUCCGACGAGGACGUGAUCCGGCUGAUCGGGCAGCACCUCCACGGGCUGGGGCUCAACCAGACUGUUGAUCUCCUCAUGCAAGAGUCAGGAUGUCGUUUAGAACAUCCUUCAGCUACCAAAUUCCGCAAUCAUGUCAUGGAAGGAGAAUGGGAUAAGGCUGAGAACGACCUGAAUGAACUUAAGGCCUUAGUGCAUUCUCCGCAUGCAAUUGUGAGGAUGAAGUUUUUGCUGCUGCAGCAGAAGUACCUGGAAUACCUGGAGGAUGGCAAGGUCCUGGAGGCACUUCAGGUUCUACGCUGUGAACUGACGCCUCUGAAAUAUAACACAGAACGCAUUCAUGUCCUCAGUGGGUACCUGAUGUGUAGCCAUGCAGAAGACUUGCGUGCAAAAGCAGAGUGGGAAGGGAAAGGAACAGCUUCCAGAUCUAAGCUUUUGGACAAGCUCCAGACCUACCUGCCCCCAUCAGUGAUGCUUCCUCCGAGGCGUUUACAGAACCUGCUCCGCCAGGCUGUGGAACUCCAACGGGACCGGUGCCUAUAUCACAACACCAAACUAGACAGCAACCUAGAUUCUGUCUCGCUGCUAAUAGAUCACGUUUGUAGUAGGAAACAGUUCCCAUGCUAUACCCAGCAAAUCCUAACGGAGCACUGUAACGAAGUGUGGUUCUGUAAAUUCUCCAACGACGGCACUAAAUUAGCAACAGGAUCUAAGGACACAACUGUUAUUAUAUGGCAGGUUGAUCCAGACACUCACCAGCUAAAACUACUUAAGACGUUAGAGGGUCACGCGUACGGGGUCUCCUAUAUUGCCUGGAGUCCAGAUGACAACUACCUGGUUGCCUGUGGCCCAGAUGAUUGCUCUGAGCUUUGGCUCUGGAAUGUACAAACUGGGGAGCUGAGGACAAAGAUGAGCCAGUCUCAUGAAGACAGUUUAACAAGCGUGGCCUGGAAUCCUGAUGGGAAGCGUUUUGUAACGGGAGGGCAGCGUGGACAGUUCUAUCAGUGUGAUUUAGAUGGUAAUCUCCUUGACUCCUGGGAAGGGGUGAGAGUGCAAUGCCUUUGGUGCUUGAGUGAUGGGAAAACUGUUCUAGCGUCAGACACACACCAGCGAAUUCGGGGUUAUAACUUCGAGGAUCUCACAGACAGGAACAUAGUACAAGAGGAUCACCCUAUUAUGUCGUUUACUAUUUCAAAAAAUGGCCGUUUAGCUUUGUUAAAUGUAGCAACUCAGGGAGUUCACUUAUGGGACUUACAAGACAGAGUUUUAGUGAGAAAGUAUCAAGGUGUUACACAAGGAUUUUACACAAUUCACUCGUGUUUUGGAGGUCAUAAUGAAGAUUUCAUUGCGAGUGGCAGUGAAGAUCACAAGGUGUACAUCUGGCACAAGCGCAGCGAGCUGCCCAUCGCGGAGCUGACGGGGCACACGCGCACGGUGAACUGCGUGAGCUGGAACCCGCAGGUCCCGGCCAUGAUGGCCAGCGCCUCCGACGACGGCACCGUUAGGAUAUGGGGACCAGCGCCUUUCGUAGACAACCAGGAUAUCGAAGAGGAAUGCAGUAGCAUGGAUAGUUGAUGGCGAAUUUGGAGCAGACGACUUCAGUUUAACUUAAUUAGUCGUAUUUUAAAUGGCUUGGGAUUUGGUGCAAACAAACAUGAUUGAUAGCUGGACAGACAUGCUCGUCAUGAAAAAGAACCAUUUCUGAAGCCCAGUUGGGGCCAAACAUUUACCACCUUUGCUUCAUAGUAACCAGUCGAGAUGAAGCACGUCUUUAGAACUUUGUUGGACACCGUGUUGAAAUUACCCCCCCAUCGGUUGUGAAGAACUGUGCUACAUUCAGGCUAACCAUUGAACUCAGUAUAUAUAUUUUUCCCUCCUGCCUUUUUGUCUGGCAGGCUACUGUUCUUGUUGCUCUUCUGUGUAAUGAAGUUUAAAUGCUUGUUUGGAACACUUUAUUUAACAGUUUAGAAGGCUUGAUAGAAAGAGUGCUUUAGUCUGAAGAGUAUACAUUGGAUAGGAAAGUAUUUCCUUCUCUUGUUUCUCAAGUCUCUUCCGCCUUACUUAGCUCGAGAUCUUUGCAGCUUGGUUCAUGGAUUCUAGCCUUGCCCGUUGCGCAGUAUAUUAUCAAUUGAGAGGAUAAACCAAUGAACUAUGUCAAAAGCACUCUCAGUAUCACAUUUGACAAAAAGUUUUGUACUUUUCACAUAGCUCGUUGCCCUGCAAAGGGGUUAACAGCACAAUUUUUUAAAAAUAAAUUAUUUAUAGGAUUAAAAUGACUUCAUUUGUAUACAUUUGGAAUUAAAACAAUGCAAGAAGUGUCGUGAAACACCGUAUCACUGAUGCUUUUCUGGAGUGUCCUGAGACCCAAUCAAAAGCAGUGGCUGGAAAGAGAUUUAUGUAGGCAGUAAAGCUUGUUUCAGAUGGAGGAAUUCGCUGUCCAUCUUAACAGAUAAACUGUAUUAGUUAAGAAAAAAAGCAUUCAGACUGCACCACCAGUCUAAGAGUUGAAACAAGAAGAGGUCUUUCUGGUUUUUUUAAUUACGUAAAUAUAUGCAACAAUGCUGGUGUAAAAGGUAGACUACACUUUGAGGGAAGAAUGUGUUGAAAGAGUUCUUUCUUCACAAAGUCAACACUUUGUAUAAGUAAUUUACGUACAAAUCAUAAUUAAACACUUGUAUUAUGAUGGAAAUUUUUUCUUUAUUUGAUAAACAAGGGUGGACAGAUUUUGUUGAGAAUAUACUUUUAAGUUUGCAGAUUUAAAUGCCUCUCCCAGACCUUGUUGCAAGCUGGUGCCGUGAACAUCUUGACACAUCUAGGAGUAGUUCCACUAAUGUCCCAUGUUAAGAAAAAGCAAAGACAUUUAUAAUUUAAAUGUUUAUUCUUUUUGACAUAAACAGAUGGCCUGGCAUCUCUGUGCUUCUGCACUACACACAAAUCCAUUAUGGGAUGGCAUUGGAUUCCCUUUUGCCACCUUGGGUGGAAAGGUAGUGUUGGUACUGCUGUGAAGUAAGGAAGGAGCAGGGAAGGGCAUGCCACCAGGAGUCAUGUGAGCAGAAGUGUGGACUUCAUCCUUUCAUGAGAUAAUGAUUUAGUGUCCUUAUUAGUCACGUGUGGAAGAAGGGUGGGGGAAGGUUUGCUGGAAUUCCUGGGAAGAGAGGUGUAGCCACUGAUGAAUGGGAGUGUGGUGUUUCCAAGAAAAACAAAGGUUAGCAGGUUAGAUUUUUUUUUUAUUUUAGAUUCCAGCCAUCCGGUGGUGUGUGUUUGUCUUGCCUUGUGUGCAGACUUAAGCAUGAGUUAAGAUUCUGAUGCUGUGGUUGAAACCAGCCCCGAGUCUGGCUUAUGAGCCUUCUAAUACCUCCAAAACCAGGUAGGAACUUAAUGUUCAGCCUUAAAACUAAGGUGACAGCUUUGAUAGCAAUUACUGUUUCACAGCACUGAGAAUACAUGUGUAAACUUAAGAUGAUACAUCAGUACCUUCUUCCUUUAAUCAGUUCUGGAGGAAGCUCUUUGUUUCCCUUCCUAGUUCAGACAGUAUAAGAUGAGUCAGGCCUGUGGCCUUUAUUUUGCAGGAAAACAGACAAGUUCCCAUGGUCAGAUUUGAGUAAGCUAAACCUUGGGGAGAAAUUUAACAAUUUUAAGGAGAAAUUAAUUACCUAAACUGUAAACAGUAAAUUGUAAAAGUGUUUUACAUGUUCAAAACAUGGUAUAAUUCAUAAGCAAUGCCAGCAUGUGAAUCUUGGAAGUUAUUCUAGUAUUGUGUUACUCUGGAACUUACAUUUUCAAACGAAACAUUGUUUAGAGAGCGUAAGGAGAAUAAUGGUUUUGAUGUCUCCUAAUGUCUCAUACAAUGGUCUGGCACUAUGUACUCAUGGAAAUAAAGUGGGAAAUUUAGGCAGGUGGUGAAGGCUGGAUCAAAUCUCAAGUGUAGAUUUAAGGUCUCACCUCAGGCAUUUCUAUGUGGUGUCCAUGACUAACCAGAGUGAGACUCCUUCCCUGGUACAGCUGGGGUGGGCUGUGGGCUGAUGCCUGCUUUCCAGGGCAGUGCAGUUAGGAAUUCAAACUAGCACCUCUGCCAGAACACUGCCCCGCUCUUCUGGACUUGCUUUGUCCCUCUGGAGGACACUUGAGGUAUUUAGAAGCUGCGUUAGGGAGAGGCACAUGUGGGAUCUCUCUCCCUUAGUGUCCUGGUGCAGCCCUGCCGUGUAAAGGCAAGCCCCAAGCAGGGGGCAGUGCUCCCAGAGUGUCUCAGUGACAGCCUGUUUGCACCCCCUGGGCCACGAGCAGGCAGGACAGAAAGGGGAGACUCAUCUUCACUUUGCCACGCUGCUCAGUGCCACAGCAGCUGCCAUUAGAGAUGCAGCAAUGAGUACCAUCCCCACCCUGAGAUGAAAGAGCAACCUAAACUGUUUCCAACACAUUGCAUAGUCACACUAUGUGGAUUGAAAAGUACCAAUACUUUUUGUGCACAGACGGUGAAAUGAGACUGGGGUGGGGUGGAGGGGAAAAAACCCAAAUCAGUUUGCUCAUUUGCAACACAUUGAUUUCCAUGUGCUUAAAAAUGUUCAUAGGCUGGAGUGUAAGGCUGGAACAAGUAGACACCCACAAUAAAUUCCUGUAUUUCUCGUCAGCAGGCCCGUGGUUUUAGAGAGGAAAAUACUGUAAGUGUGCACUCAUUUUGUAACUUUCUCUGGUCACCUGGCUUCAAACAUUCACAGUAGCCCCAGGUUAUUAUCAAGGCAGAUCUCAAAAAACAUGUUGAAGCAUUUAUUAUCUGAAUGUUCUUUAGCUGUUCAGGUAAGUAAUUUUCAAGGCACAAUGGAACACAAAAGGGAAAAAUGGUAGCUCUGUUCAUGUUUUGGAGGGGAGGGAAGUGGGGGCAAUGACACCUUUGUUUUUAAAUUCCCUCUGUCUUUUCUAAAGUUCUCCAACUUUAAAGUUAACUUCUCUUUAUGAUUGGAGCAAAGAUGCAAGCUAGAAAUCUGCCCAGAUCUUGCCAGUUACUUCUCAACUUGGCUUCAACCAGGUAAUGUUUAAUAAAACUCUGUCUGCUGUUGGGAGUUGGUGUCUAGUUGUGUAUUUUUACACUGCUAAGUGAUACUCCCACCCAAAAUCACUUGUAAAGGCUUCCUUAGCAGGAAGCCAGGACUUGUAUAAUUAGCUGUAGCUCGAGGGGAUAUGGUGUAGAUCCAAAUGGGGAGGGAGGUAGAGAAAAAAGAACGGACAUAAAAAGCAGGAUUUACUGACCAACAAACAAACUACUGUAACUCAAGGAGGAGGAGGAAAAAUGCACUUUCAAUAGUUUGUCCAUAUUUUUAGCUACAAAAUACACUUGUAUCUAAUUUCUUUUUGAGACGACUAUUAAGAGGAACACCCAUCCCAUAAAUGGCUAAUCCUCCUUUUGCCCUCCUCCUGUCUUUUCCACAUUGGCUUGAGUCCAUUUUCAGCUGCCAUACUUGAUUUUUGAAAACUGCUAUUUUUAACAAUGUCUAGAAAGCAAAAUCAUUAACUAUGACACUUUUUUUAAACAGGGUGGACUUAAUUGAAGUGUGCAGUGUUGAACUACUGCUGCAGUAGCUGCCUCUAGUUGAAAUAAACUGUAGCCAAGUUUUCUGUCUAUUCAUCCAGAUAAUCUCGAUUCAGUGAAACAUCUGUGAGAGUGUUCCUCCCAUCUGGUGUGAGUGUGUGCGUGCGUGUGUUCCAUGAACAGACAGAGAACCAAAUGUUCUAGGUACUUGUCAUGUUUUAUUGCAUACUUUAAGUCGUGUGUAUGUGAAGUGUCCUUUGACCAGAAGGUUUUGGUUAAUAUCAGUAUAUUUUUAUAAAUUUGAAAUUCAUUGUGCCCCAUCUUUUUUCAUAAACAUUUUACAUUCUUAGGGUAUAUGUGCUAGAUUUGAAACUUAACAUUUUUAGGCACAGAUGGAAAAAGUUAUUGGCUCCUUGAAAACAUGUGGGACAAAAUGGAUCCUCAAAGCAUGUAUGUACUUACAAACCAAGCUGUAGAGAUCAAGAAAAGAACUUUAUUGUUGAUCUCAAGAUUUCUAAAUUGUCGAGAUUUAUAUGGAGUUGUGGUGGAACUAGUUAACACUUAGAGCUUUUGGUAUGUAAUGACUAUUUGCUAUGGACUGAUAUUAAAUGUUUCAAAGGAUUGCGUUCUUAAACUUUCUGGAUUUUUGUUACUCUCCUCAGAUAUUAUUAAGUAGUUAAAAAUUUCUUUGCUAUAUUACAUUAAAAACAUAAGAACUUUGGGUCUCGUAUUUAUUUUCACUUGUUUUACUAAUUAUUUACAGAACACCGUUUUAACUUUUUUAUUUUAUAAAUGUGUAGUAUUUUAAACAUAUCUUUAAAAAUUGUUCAAUUGGAACUACAUUAACUUCUGAUUUGUUUUUAUUAGGAUUUUUAAAAGAAAAUACACUUUUUCCAUGUUGGUGCACAGCACUUAACAGAAAUGUUUGUAUUCCCUUUCUUUCAAUUCAAUAAACAAUAAAUAACUGGAAUGAAUA